UGCCAUAAGGGAGGAAUCAAAGGGUUGUGCAAGAAGGUUGGGAUACAGGAUGAUGUGGCAGAGGUUACGCCGUAAAGGAAUUUAUGUGAAAAGGGAUCAAGUGGCUAUGUGCAUGAAGGUACUUGGCUUAGAAAAUGCCCCUCCUUUGAAGAAGAGAAAGCAUCAACAUUGUUAUAUAAGCAAGGGGCCAAAUAGUACUUGGCACAUAGAUGGGAAUGAUAAASUGAGCCAUUGGGGAUUUUUCGUGCAUGGUGCGGUAGAUGGAUACAGUAGGAAAAUCUUGUGGAUGAACAUCUUUGUUACAAAUAAGKAUCCAUGGCUAAUUGGAAAGUUUUUCAUGGACACUGUAGAGAGCCUUGAUGUCUGUCCUUGUAGAGUCCAAGGUGACCGAGGGAAUGAAAAUCCAAUUGCUGGAAAAUGCCAGAUGUUUCUUAGAAGAAAUCACACUGAUUUACAAGCAGGCGAAAAGAGCUAUUUCACAAGCUCUUCAUCUCAUCUAAACCAG